CCAGGAACUUGCAUUUCGGCAUAUACACCGCUCGUUGUGCAAACUCAUAGUUCAUAGGAGGAGCUAGGUGUCCAGUUAUAAUAAAUGCAGGGGCGGGGUUUCUUUUAUUCCGCCGUGUAACUCGUUCAUGAUUAGCUCUCGGUAGUGAAAGCUUCCGGAAGCCUGACACACACACGUGAUCCGAAGAGGAGCUUAGAAGGUUUUGCUGUAAGGAUUCCCAUUCUGGGGCAGACACGUGCGUGCGUAUAGAGAGAAGUGCUCUGCGGGCUGAGAAAUGCUGCGACUACAGAGAAUUCUACAACAUGCAAAGCCAGCUUCCAGAGUACUGGCUUUGAGCUUGAGCCGCCAAUAUGCCAAAGAUGUUAAGUUUGGGGCUGAAGCCAGAGCCCUUAUGCUUCAAGGGGUUGAUCUAUUGGCUGAUGCUGUGGCUGUGACAAUGGGACCCAAGGGAAGAACUGUUAUCAUCGAACAAAGCUGGGGAAGUCCAAAAGUAACCAAAGAUGGUGUGACUGUCGCAAAAGCAAUUGAACUGAAAGAUAAAUACAAAAACAUAGGUGCCAAACUAGUUCAGGAUGUAGCUAACAACACAAAUGAAGAAGCGGGAGAUGGUACAACCACCGCAACUGUCCUUGCAAGGUCUAUAGCUAAAGAAGGCUUCGAAAAGAUAAGCAAAGGUGCAAAUCCAGUAGAAAUCAGAAGAGGUGUAAUGUUGGCAGUAGAUGCGGUAAUUGCUGAGUUAAAAAAGCAGUCGAAACCAGUGACAACACCAGAAGAGAUUGCUCAGGUUGCUACCAUAUCCGCUAAUGGUGAUGAAGAAAUUGGCAAAAUAAUCUCAGAUGCGAUGAAAAAGGUUGGGCGUAAAGGUGUUAUUACAGUUAAGGAUGGCAAAACUCUUCAUGAUGAGCUGGAGAUAAUUGAAGGCAUGAAAUUUGACAGAGGUUAUAUUUCACCAUACUUCAUUAAUACAGCUAAAGGUCAGAAAUGUGAAUUUCAGGACGCCUAUCUCCUCCUGAGUGAGAAAAAAAUUUCCAGUGUUCAAUCUAUUGUACCUGCUCUUGAAAUUGCUAAUUCUCACCGUAAACCACUAGUUAUAAUAGCAGAAGAUGUUGAUGGAGAGGCAUUAAGCACGUUAGUGUUAAACAGGCUGAAAGUUGGGCUGCAGGUGGUUGCUGUAAAAGCCCCAGGUUUUGGGGAUAACAGAAAGAACCAGCUUAAGGAUAUGGCAGUUUCAUCUGGUGGCGUGGUGUUUGGGGAGGAAGGUCUCAGCCUUAGCCUUGAAGAUAUUCAGCCCCAUGAUUUUGGAAAAGUUGGAGAAGUUAUUGUUACUAAAGAUGACACUAUGAUAUUGAAAGGAAAGGGUGACCAAGCUCAGAUUGAGAAACGUAUUCAAGAAAUUCACGACCAGUUGGAAACUACGAGCAGUGAAUAUGAAAAGGAGAAGUUGAACGAGAGAUUGGCUAAGCUGUCAGAUGGUGUAGCUGUAUUAAAGGUUGGUGGUACUAGUGAUGUUGAAGUUAACGAAAAGAAAGAUAGAGUGACCGAUGCUCUAAAUGCAACCCGUGCAGCUGUGGAAGAAGGAAUUGUUUUGGGAGGAGGCUGUGCUUUGCUCCGAUGCAUCCCAGCGCUGGACUCUCUAAACCCAGCAAAUGAAGACCAGAAAGUUGGCAUUGAAAUCAUAAGGAGAACGCUGAAGAUUCCUGCAAUGACCAUCGCAAAAAAUGCAGGUGUUGAAGGUUCGUUGGUGGUAGAAAAGAUCAUCCAGAGUCCAGUUGAGAUUGGAUAUGAUGCCAUGAACGCUGAGUUUGUAAACUUGGUGGAAAAAGGAAUUAUUGACCCAACAAAGGUUGUCAGAACAGCUUUGAUGGAUGCUGCCGGCGUUGCUUCACUCUUAACUACAGCUGAAGCGGUUGUGACAGAGAUUCCAAAAGAAGAAAAAGAUGGCGGCAUGGCUGGAAUGGGAGGGAUGGGAGGAAUGGGAGGCAUGGGCGGUGGAAUGGGAGGUGGAAUGUUCUAAAUUUUUAUACAAAGAACUGAUAAAUGGCCGUGUUCCAAGCUCGGAAGUGUUGAGAGAACAGUGGAAAGCUGUGACACUUGUGAAAAGAUGGUUUAGAUUACACAACUGUUUACUGCGAUCAUUAUUCAUUGCCUUCAUGUAAUUUAUUUUCUAUUUUGGAAGCCCUUUGUACAUUCCUUUAAACAAUUAUGUAGUUGCCAUUGUUACAAAAACAUUGUUUAAACUAUUAUGUCAUUUUUACCAAUGUUUCAAGUUCAUUGAUACGUUUUUACAUUUACUGCCACUACUGCCCAAACUUUAAUGUUAGUGUCUAAUCCUGGCUAAAAAAAAACCAUUAAAUAAAAUUGUACUAAUUAUGUUUACUCUAAA